AACGUUUUGCGAUAGUUCUUUACGUUGUUUCCGCGGGAAUCAGAUGCCAAAAAGUUUGCUUAUACUUGCAGAUCUACUUUAAGGGUCUAAUGGGAAAUCAAACAAGUGCAGUCAGCUGUUCUGGCUAUAUUGAAAAUGAUGUUAUUGUUCAUGCAGAGAAGGCAAAGAACGAUUUUCCUUUUCCUCCUCGAGAAGGCUGUGUAGCUUGCUCAUGCAGCGGAAGAAUCUACGUAUUCGGAGGUGUUGUUCAAACUAACCACGGCGAGGGCGACGAACCUUUGGAAACAAAUGAGUUGAUUACUUUUGACAUAGCUUCACAACAAUGGAGCAAAGUUCAUGCAAAAGGUACACCUCCUCCAGCAAGAGCAGCUGCUUCGCUUGUUGCUGUUGGAAGCAAAGUAUACCUUUUUGGAGGGCUCAGUCACAUGUUUGGAUGGUUUGAUGACGUAUUCACAUUUGACACAGUAACCGAAACCUGGAGUAUUAUGGAAACAGAAGGAAACAAGCCCCGUGCCAGAGAUAAACAUCAGGGUGUAGCAGUAGGAACAAGCAUUUAUUAUUUUGGUGGGUUUGGUCCUCUUACAGAUGAGGAUGUUGAGCUUGAAGAGGAUGAUGAAGAAGAGUCUGAGGAAAUUCCUGAGGCUAAUGAUCAGGAGGGUGCUGAGUUUGGGUGGUUUAAUGAUCUCUUUGUGCUGGACACUGUGAAAGGUCAGUGGUCUCAACCGAUGCACAUGAAUCUGGGGGUUCCUACACCACGAGCAGCUCAUGGAAUGUGUGCAGUUGAUGGCAACCUCUACAUUUUUGGUGGUCGUGAUAUUGAAGACAGGCAGAAUGAUCUCCAUAUAUUUAACAUCGCCUCGCGGAAGUGGGAUACUGAACUUAAAGUCCAAGGGAUUCCACCAGCUCCACGAUCUUUUCAUUCUAUGACAGCUGUUGGCAAACGUGUUGUUGUAAUAGGUGGUCGAGGCAGAGAUAAUUCUCAUUUUGCCGACCUUCAUAUCUUUGAUACCGAAGCAAGACACUGGCUUCAGCCAGAGGUAAAGGGGGCAUCAGUCGGCGCACCAAGAGGACAGCACAUAGCAGAGGUGGUGAGCGACUGCCUGGUGGUCUUUGGUGGCACUGGAAACUUCAGCACAGACAGAAUGCAGUGUCAGGACUUCUACAGAGAUGUCUGGCUUAUUAAAACUGAAGAACUCAUCAAGGGAGGAAUUAAAGUCAGUCAUGCAUCCAGCAAUCCUAACAGCCAGACUGUGUGAUCAAUAGUACACCUAAGACUUUAUCCACAGCAGUACUUUCUUGAAACUGUGUUUUAAAGGUUAAAGAUUAAUUAUAAUGUUUGGAAAAAUAUUUCAACAUACUAGCAUGAGGUUGGUAUACAAGCUGGAACAAUAUGG